AUGGCAAAGCCUCUUAGGAAGCUCGUGUCUUGUGUUAUCCUCGACUUGGAUGGUACACUUCUUAACACAGAUGGCAUGGUGAAUGAAGUCUUGAAAGUUUACUUAGUUAAGUAUGGAAAGCAUUGGGAUGGACGAGGAGUGGAUAGACUUAUUGGAAAAACACCCUACGAAGCUGCAGCAGUUAUUGUCGAGGAUUAUGAACUCCCCAUUACAACAGAUGAACUUCUGUCCGAAACUGCUCCAUUAUUUGCUGACAAGUGGUGCAAUAUCAAAGCACUACCUGGUGCUAACAGGUUAAUUAGCCAUUUAAGAGGACAUGGUAUUCCUAUGGCCUUGGCUUCGAAUUCUUCAAGGAAAAAUAUCGAAACCAAGAUAUCUUCCCACAAGGGUUGGAAAGAAUCAUUCUCCAUUAUUGUCGGUGGUGAUGAAGUCCCUGUCGGAAAGCCAUCUCCCGACAUUUAUAUCGAAGCUGCAAAGAGGCUUAAGAUGGAUACUUCGAGCUGUCUCGUUAUUGAAGAUUCAUUGCCAGGUGUGACUGCCGGUAAGGCGGCUGGAACGGAAGUUGUUGCUAUCCCAUCCUUACCCAAGCAAUCCCACCUUUUCACGUUAGCGGAUGAAGUGAUUAACUCCUUACUCGAUUUGCAACCUGAAAAGUGGGGUCUACCCGCAUUCAAUGACUGGAUAGAAGGUACAUUACCAAUAGAACCUUGGCACAUUGGUGGCCCUGUCGUCAAAGGUUUUGGCCGUGGCUCGAAGGUUCUAGGAAUCCCGACAGCUAAUUUGUCUACUGAGGGAUUCUCUGAUCUCCUUUCCGAACAUCCUUCUGGUGUUUAUUUCGGGUGGGCUGGACUAUCGAAACACGGAAUUUAUAAAAUGGUGAUGAGCAUAGGUUGGAACCCGUACUUCAACAACUCGGAGAAGACAAUUGAGCCAUGGUUACUUCAUGAUUUUGACGAAGACUUUUACGGUGAGGACUUGCGUCUCGUUAUUGUUGGCUAUAUACGACCAGAGGCCAACUUUACAUCACUCGAGAGCCUGAUAGCUAAAAUCCACGAAGACAGGAAAAUUGCCGAGAAUGCCCUUGAAAUGCCACUGUAUUUGAAGCACAAGGAUGAUCCUUAUUUGAAUACUUCCUUGCAACAGAAGAACUAA